AUGGCCGACAUGAUGUCGACGCAAGAGCAGCAGCUCUGCCAGGUGCUGCGAAACUUGCCCUACCGCCACCGGUGUCGAUACUCUGAGGAUGCCGCCCGAGAUCUGCUCAAGGACCUUUUCUGGUCCAUGGCUGGCGGUCGGGACGACUACAUGGAGCUUUUCUUCCCCACCGGUGGCCCAACCCGACCUGACGGGACCCUCAAGAUGCGAGACGCCCAGGGCGCCAUCGAAGGCGCAGAAUACACCGAGGCUGCGCGCGGCAAGGCUUGCGGACACAUUUUCAAACAGGGCGAGGCCUCGUACGCAUGCCGGACAUGCAGCGCUGACGAUACCUGCUGCCUCUGCAGCAAAUGCUUCGAUGCGACGGACCAUACGGGGCACAUGGUUAGGAUCAACAUCUCGCCUGGAAACAGUGGGUGUUGUGACUGUGGAGAUGCAGAGGCGUGGAAGAGGCCCGUGUUUUGCACGAUACACUCGGUGUGGGAGGGGGAGGAUAAGGGGAAGGGGAAAGCAAACACUGGAGCGCCGGAGGACCUCCUCGCCAGCAUCCGAAUGACGAUCGGCCGCGUCUUUGACUACAUGUGCGAUGUCAUCUCGUGCUCCCCUGAGCAGCUCCGGCAAGCGAAGACGGUGGAGUCGAUCGAGAGAGACGAGGUAAACUCUAGAUUAUCCUCAACAUACUGCGGCGGGGACACAACGAGGCCAGAAGAAUGGUGUGUACUUCUUUGGAACGACGAAAAGCAUACGGUUACAGACGUUCAAGACCAGGUGGCGAGAGCAUGCGGGACGACGCUGGCAACCGGCCUCGCAAAGGCCUACGAGACGGACGGCAUCGGUAGAAGUCUGUUGAUGUACGACCAAAGUAUCGAAAAACUCAUAGAAGUUGCCGAGGUUUUGGAAAGGAUCAGGGUUACUGUCACAAUUCGCUCAGCUCGAGACACGUUCCGAGAACAGAUGGUCAGCACGAUGGUGGAUUGGCUAAGAGACAUCUCGGGAUGCAGCGUCGGCAACGACCACAACAUUCUUAGGCAAGUUGUUUGUGAGGAGAUGCUCAAACCAUGGCGCCGAGGAAGUCGAGCUACACACGCCAAUGUUGGACAGGACGGCAUGGAUGACGAGGAGAUGACUGAACGCCAAUACUUUGAGGAGGACGAGUUCUAUGCCCAGCAAAUAAGAAUCAUGGUGCAAGCUCGAGCUGCCGCUCGUGUGGGAGAGCCCAUAGACGAUUCCGAUGAUGAUGACGACGGAAUUGAUCUCGACGAGGAGGAAUUUGAGCACGCCCUUGGGAGUGAUAUGGAAGAGAACGGGGAUGACGACGGCGAUGUCAUGAUGAUCGAUACCAGGACAGAGGGCGGCGAUAUUCCCAUGCAAGACUGGCGUCAAGACAACGCUUUGGAAGAUGAUGAAGCUACAGUUGCUGGCUAUCCGCCACCACCGCCACCGCCUCCUCCAGUUCCAGCUCCCAGACGAACUGCUCGGGAAAGGGAGCUCACUCCUUCGGAUUCUGAUACCGCAGAGCCGCUUAUUGCUCCCACGGUGUCUUUCAAGCCUCGUCUCGACAUACCCAAGACACCGGGCAACAACAAGACCGGAGAGUCAGCCCCAGCACCCGGUUCAUACUGGCUUGCCACUCCCACAGGCUAUGUGGAAGAAGAAGGAAUCCCGGUUGCCGAGGACCUGUUUGAGAGGGUGCGGCUGGACUGGAUGAUUCUGUUCGACCUCAGGAUGUGGAAGAAGGUUCGGAAUGACCUGCGAUCCUUGUACAUCUCGACUGUGGUCACAAUUCCCGAGUUUAAGCGCAUCCUGGGUCUCCGGUUCGCCGGACUCUACACCACGCUUGCGCAGUUGUAUCUCAUCGGCGACCGCGAGCCGGACCAUUCCAUCAUCAACAUAUCCUUACAAAUGCUGACCACCCCGUCCAUCACGGCCGAGGUCGUGGAGCGUGGCAACUUCUUGACAAACUUGAUGGCCAUCUUAUACACCUUCCUGACGACUCGGCAAGUCGGGCACCCCUGGGAUGUGGACUCCAGCGCUGUCUUGGCCUUCGACACUGGUUCCGUCACCAACCGCAGAAUGUAUCAUUUCUUCCUUGAUCUCAAGUAUCUCUUUGGCUCCCCCAACGUCCAAGAGCGCCUUCGGACAGAGGAGCGGUACAUGAUGCAGUUCUUGGACCUCGUCAAACUGCACCAAGGCAUCUGUCCUAACGUCAGGGCGGUGGGUGAGCACGUCGAGUACGAGACGGACAGCUGGAUCAGCGCUUCGCUGGUCACUCGUGAAAUCAACAGGCUAUGCCGGCAGUUUGCCGAGUCUUUCCGGAAUGUCAGUGAGCAGGAGUUUGUCCACGUGGAGAAAGCUAUUCGCCUCGCGGCCAAGUCGGUCAUUGUCAACUCCAUUGGAGCUGAACGCAGCCGGUUCAGCGGAUCGGAGAUCAAGGAUGAAAUUCGGUUCAAGACACUCAGCGACUUUGAGUUUGACCCGGCACACAACGAGAUCGAGGUGGUCAAGUUUGUUGUUGAGGAGCAGCCGAUAAGUUUCCACCAUGCGCUUCACUACACUCUGUCUUGGUUGAUCGAAUGUGGCAAGGCUAUGCCGGUGGAACAGCUCAGGGCACUCUUGACUUUCACCACGCAGGAGCUUACUAUGAAGCCUCGCUCCAUGGGCAAGAAGGUGUGGCCAAAGCGAGAGUUUACUCCCGAGGACUACCUCAUGGCUGCCUUUGACUACCCGUUACGGGUGUGCGCGUGGCUUGCUCAGAUGAAGGCGGGCAUGUGGGUCAGGAACGGGUUGAGCUUGCGUCACCAAGCUGGAACAUACCGCGGUGUUGGUCAGAGAGAUGUGUCCCACCACCGCGAUAUCUUCUUGUUGCAGACGGCCUUGGUGGUUUGUGAUCCCAGCCGCGUGCUGGCGUCUAUCAUCGAUCGGUUCGGCAUGGAGAAGUGGGUCAAGGGCAUCUUUGAACAAAAGACCAAGAGUCAAGACGAUGGUCAGCAUCUGGAUGUCGUGGAGGACAUGAUCCAUCUUCUCAUCGUUCUGCUCAGCGACAAAACGUCUCUGGUCCGCAAUGAUGAAGAGAAGAACCCUCAAAUCGCUUCCAUGCGCCGGGAUCUGACUCACGUUCUGUGCUUCAAGCCGCUCUCAUUCUCGGAUAUUUGCGCAAAGCUUCCUGAUAAGUUCCAGGAGCAAGAAGACUUCCACCGGAUACUGGAUGAGAUGGCCACCUUCAAAUCUCCCGAGGGGCUGACUGACGUUGGACUCUUUGAACUCAAACCACAGCAUGUCGAAGAGGUUGAUCCAUACAUCGCCCACUACAACAAGAACCAACGAGAGGAGGCGGAGAUGGCCUGGCGCAAGUGGAUUGCCAAGAAGACUGGCAAGCCCAUUGAAGAUGUUGUCUACGAACCCAAGCCUCGCCCUGUCACGUCGGGUGUGUUUGCCGGACUGGGCAAAUUCACCAGCACCGGGAUGUUUGCGCAGAUUGUCUACUACUCGCUGCUGUAUGCUCUCACAUACUCGAAAUUAACACCAGGAGUUCCUGCCACUCGAGUGGAAUCCUUCUUGCAGGUUCUUCUGCACCUCGUCCUGAUUGCCAUCGCCGAGGACAAUGUCACGGAUGACGAGCAGGAGCCAGAGCAGCCUUCGUUUAUCAGCAUUGCCCUAAAUCAGCAAGCUCGCCAUUUCGUUCCCGAGGCACCACAGUCAAAGACAAUUGUGUCUCUCCUGAACAUGAUGUCGUCCAAGGAGGAGUACAAGGGAUGUCAUCUGAAGAUCGAGUUGGUGCUCCGGAGGAUGCGCCAAAAGCGCCCACGGGGCUUUGAAUUUGCCUGUGACCGUCUCGGUCUGUCGCUGGACCGCAUGAACACAUCGUCGCCUGCAGCCGCGUCAGCUGACGAGGAGCGGGAGCGCAAGAAGAAGGCGGCGCUGGACCGACAGCGUCGAGUCAUGGCGCAAUUUCAGGCUCAGCAGAAGAGCUUCAUGGAGAACCAGCAGGAUAUUGACUGGGGAGAGGUGGAUGAGCUCGAGGAAGAUGAGCAUCUUCCGCCGGCUCAGGAGCACCGCAAGUUCUGGAAAUACCCAGCAGGAACUUGCAUCUUGUGCCAGGAAGAGACGGAUGACCGGCGGUUGUAUGGCACGUUUGCGUAUUUCACACAGAGUAACAUCCUGAGGCAGACUGAUCUCCAGGAUCCUGACUUUGUGAGGGAGGCUUUCAACACGCCUGACAAUCUUGAUCGGUCAGUGGAGGAUAUUCGUCCGUUUGGUGUUGCCGGUGAGAACAGACACAAGGUUCAAAAGGUGGAUCAGCACGGCGAGGUCUUUGAGGCAGAGCGGCAGUGCAUUGGGAAGGGGUUCCCACCGAAUCUGUCCCGGCCUGGUCCGGUAGCUAUUGGUUGUGGCCACAUUAUGCACUAUGGCUGUUUCGAGGCCUACUAUGAUUCCAUCAUUCGUCGACAUAGUCAGCAGAUUGCACGGCACCCACCUGAAGACACCAACAGGUUGGAAUUUGUGUGUCCUUUGUGCAAGGCUCUCGGCAAUGCGUUUCUUCCUAUUAUUUGGAAGGGACAGGAAGAGUCGUAUCCUGGUCCGUUGGUGCCCGAGAAGUCCUUUUCUGAUUUCCUUAACGAGCAACUGCACUCGGCGUACUAUUCGCUCGGGGCUGCUCGGCCUCCUGAUGGUGUCCAAGACGCGUUUGCAGCGUACACACAGACGUACAUGGUCACCAACCUGGCAGAGAAAUCGGCGCAGCUGUUGGACGAUGCCUGGGUUCAUGUGGGUGCUUCGUCGUUGCCGACGGCAAGCCCUUAUAGCGAGACUUUCAGUAUCGUUUCUGCCCCAGAGACCAGUGGUAGUCGAGGUGCUACCCCUGAGGCCCACAGCAGCAUGCGAGAGUUGGUCAACGUCUACCGUCGGCUUAGAGACAGCCUAAAGAAGAACGGUCUUCGCUCGCGCCACCAGGACAAUCUUCCCGAGGCCGACAGUGCUGAGCUCUUUUCUAGUGAUGUGCUCGCACGCUCGGUAGGGUUCUCGAUUUCUGCCGUGGAAAUUCAACAGCGUGGAGUUGAGGCCGAGUACGGUCAGACAUUUUUGGAAAGAAUCCCGGAGCAGGUCCUCACUCAGCUGCGUAUCCUCAGCGAGACGGUCACCUCGUUUAUCGCCGUCGGUGGCUUGAAGGAGAAUGGAGAAAACCGCAUCGACACUGAGUACCGUGCCGACAGUGAACGCCAGCACUGCCAACUCUUCAUCAGACAGUACACCGACCAAGAAACCGAGCACACACGCACCCCCUUGGCGGAUUAUCCCGCGCUCCUCAGACAAGACCUCUUUGUCUUUCUUUGUGAAAGCGUCUUUGGCGUAGCCCACGCGCAGCACUUUGAAAUAGCCCACCUCGUCCGCUUGUGCUACCUGGCCGAGAUUGUCAAGGUGACGUACCAAAUGGCGCGCAACAUGCCCUUUUACCAGUGGUUCCAGCACAUCACGCGCAGCAAGCAGACCAUGUCCCCCUCCCUGGCGAGGUUUGUCGAAUUUUGCGACCUCAUCUUCCACUUUGACGUCGCGGCUGAGGCGCAAGGGGGUUUGUCCAGGGAAGACUUCACCAACGGGGGGUUCUCCCAGGAGGGUCUGGACACCCUGGAGGGCAUGUACACGUUUGUCAAGAAGUACGCCUUGACCUUUUUGAGAAAGUGCGUCCUGCUGCUGCACGUCAAGUUUGGAGUUGAUUUCAACUCGAGGGUUUCGCCCCAGCCGGAACUGUCGGAGCUGGAAAGACUGACUGAAAUGCUCCGCCUGCCUAGCUUUGACGAGAUGCUCAGCGCUUUUAGUGCUGAAGACGGGCCGGCAAGCGGGUGGCCGAUUCCGGCGACGAAGUACUUGGUUGAGGGGUGGAUCAAGCACAGUGUUGUUGCGCCCAACUCGGAGGACGAGGAAGGGCUGUCAGCGGCGGCGCUGGUGAGCCACCCUGGCAUUUUUGAGCUGGUGGGCUUGCCAAAGAAUUAUGACCUUUUGAUCGAGGAGUGCACGCGCAGGAAAUGUCCGACAAAGGGGAAGGACAUUACGGACCCGACGAUUUGUCUGUUUUGCGGGGAGAUUUUUUGCGGGCAGGCGGUGUGCUGUGCGAAGGAUGUCAAGGAGGGGAGGAAGAACAGUAAGGUUGGGGGGGCACAGCAGCAUAUGUGGAGGUGCCAAAAGAAUAUCGGGCUGUUUAUCAAUAUCCGCAAGUGCUGCGUCUUGUACCUGUCCAGGAAGUCGGGCAGCUUCAGCCACGCACCGUAUAUCGACCGGUAUGGCGAGGUGGACUUUGGGCUGAGGUUUGGGCGGCAGCUGUUUUUGCAUCAGAAGAGGUAUGAUAGCAUGCUGAGGGGGUUGUGGUUGGGGCACGGGGUGCCGAGUUAUAUCGCGAGGAAGCUGGAGGCGGAUAUCAAUAAUGGGGGGUGGGAGACGAUUUAGCGGGCGUAAAACAGAUGAUGGGGGCACGUGAGCGGGGGGGGCAAAAGGAAAGGGGAGGUCAGUUUUUGUAGCGUACACUUUGGACUUUUGGGGGCAUAGGGGUACUACUUAUGGGCGGGUGAACUUGUUUUAUGGCAGAAACACCAAGAGUUGAGAAAUGAACGGUUUUUAUUUUUGUAUCAGUAUAAUGUCAAGAUGCUUAAGCAUAUACUUUUGUCUAUUCCGACCGACUCUCAUAACCGGUCCUAGAAGCCCU